AGAGCCUUGGGGCCUCGGGGAGAGUUGCUCUCCACCUCUGGGAGGGUCUCUGUGUGUUUCCUCCCCCUGGAUUGGCUCCUUGAGGCCUUUUAAGUGCGGGCUUUGUUCUCUAGAAAGCGCAGGUCUGUCCUGCUACAUGCUGCUACUGUUUGGGGAAAAGGAAAAAAAAAAGAGCUGAGUAAUACUGAGCCUUCUCAUGUGGCUGAUGCAAACCUGGAGAAUUUGCAUCAUCAUUUAGUAGGAGUAAGUUGGUGUGACAGGAGCUUAAAUACAAGCGCCAGAGGAAGCCGAGCUAGUUUCUGAUGACUAGGCAGCAGCAGCAGUAGCAGCAGCGGCAGGGAUACGGUGGUGGGUUCGGGUAGCUAUGGAGAGAGAGGCACAGGUGUUUUUGAGGAGUAAUUAGAGAGGCUGGAAGAGUAAAAUACACCUUUGAGGUUCAUAUCUGUGAACACUACCGCAGGGUGAGAGACAGGCAACAAGGAAAGGAAACGAUCCGAGCUCAGUCAGGGAUCAGGGAGCCCAGAACUUGUUUUGAAAGUUUUCUCCUCCUCCUCCUCCUCUCUCUCACACUUUUAAGCCUCCCCCCCCCCCUUUCUUUCUGUGUCUCCUGUUGAGAUUGGUAGAAUCCCACUAUGGUCAGGAAGUCUGUAGUGUCCGCCAUCUCUAAUGGAGGUUACCUCCAAGGGGAUGCCCAUGGUCACUUGCCCACCAUGGGGAGCAAAGAGCCCUUGGAGCAGGAGAGGGUGGUGUUGAAGAAAAAGAUUACGCUGCUGAGGGGCAUCUCCAUCAUCAUUGGCACCAUCAUCGGGGCUGGCAUAUUUAUCUCCCCCAAAGGAGUUCUCCAAAACACGGGCUCUGUAGGCAUGUCUCUGAUCGUCUGGACAGUCUGUGGGAUCCUGUCUCUGUUUGGAGCUUUAUCCUACGCUGAGUUGGGAACAUGUAUAAAGAAAUCUGGUGGUCACUACACUUAUAUUUUGGAAGUCUUUGGCCCUUUGCCAGCUUUCGUCAGAGUCUGGGUGGAGCUGCUCAUAAUACGCCCUGCUGCCACUGCUGUGAUAUCCUUGGCAUUUGGACGCUAUAUCCUGGAACCAUUUUUUAUUCAGUGUGAAAUCCCAGAACUUGCAAUCAAGUUAAUUACAGCCGUGGGCAUCACCACUGUCAUGGUCCUGAAUAGCAUGAGCGUUAGCUGGAGUGCCCGGAUCCAGAUUUUCUUAACCUUUUGCAAGCUCACAGCAAUUCUGAUAAUUAUAGUCCCUGGAAUUAUGCAACUAAUUAAAGGUCAGACAGAACACUUUAGAAAUGCCUUUUCAGGAAAUGAUGCCAGCAUUAUGGGAUUACCAUUGGCUUUUUAUUAUGGAAUGUAUGCAUAUGCUGGCUGGUUUUACCUCAACUUUGUUACUGAAGAAGUAGAAAAUCCAGAGAAAAACGUUCCUCUUGCAAUAUGUAUAUCAAUGAUCAUAGUUACAGUUGGCUAUGUCCUAACGAAUGUGGCCUACUUUACUACCAUCAGUGCUGAGGAAUUGCUGCUCUCAAAAGCUGUGGCAGUGACCUUUGCAGAGAGACUUUUGGGAAAAUUCUCAUUAGCAGUCCCUGCCUUUGUUGCCCUUUCCUGCUUUGGCUCCAUGAAUGGGGGAGUUUUCGCUGUCUCCAGGUUGUUUUAUGUUGCUUCCCGUGAGGGUCACCUUCCAGAAAUCCUCUCCAUGAUUCAUGUCCGCAAGCACACUCCUCUGCCAGCUGUCAUCGUUUUGUACCCUUUGACGAUGAUAAUGCUUUUCUUCGGAGAUCUUUAUAGUCUUUUGAAUUUCCUCAGUUUUGCCAGGUGGCUUUUUAUUGGACUAGCAGUUGCAGGGCUGAUUUAUCUCCGAUACAAACAGCCAGAUAUGCAUCGUCCUUUCAAGGUGCCACUGUUUAUCCCAGCUCUGUUUUCCUUCACCUGCUUUUUCAUGGUGAUCUUGUCCCUUUAUUCGGAUCCACUCAAUACUGGAAUAGGCUUUGGGAUCACGCUAACUGGUGUCCCCGGAUACUACUUCUUCAUUGUCUGGGACAAGAAGCCAAAAUGGUUCCAGAGAUUAUCAGGUAGAAUAACCAGAACACUGCAGAUAUUGCUGGAAGUUGUGCCCACGGAUGAUGGUCAAAAUAAGCCAUGAUCAACUGAAUUCCAAAGAAGGCACCUCAUGUGGCGGUGUUACUCUUCUCUGGUUUCCUCUGAGGCAAAAUGAAGAUGAAAAAUUACUUCAUGGUAUUCCAGAGGAUUAUAAGACUGAGUUCUGGCUUACAUAUCCAAGAAAAUAAGUACCUCCAAUAAUAGUUUUCUUAUGUGUUCAAACCUAUGUUCAAGAAGUUUAAGCAUGCCUGCAGGUACAUGUGUAGACAUCUGGUAGGUUUUGUGACUGCUCUUUUUAGUGUCAGACACUGUUUGGGGGCAGGGGAAGGAGGACACAAUGACAAUCACUCUAGUGGACUUAAUGACAUUAUCUUACUGAGUCCCAAGGUCUUCAAAUUGAAGGCCAUGGGGCAUUUUCUACAUUGUAAGUGUUUUAUGAAAUGGUUUUAUAUACUGUAGGUAGUUAUACUGUGAACAGUGUCCUCUGCUCUCUGGACGUGUAACACAGCUCUUCUGUGCCAUGAGAAUGGGUGCUAGAGGUACACCUUGAUUUUCAAUCUUCAACCCCAAUGCCUUCCUCCCUGUGUUGUUUGCACUGUAUCGGUUUCCCCUCUACAGUCACACUGGCUUAGGUAUAACUCUUCCUUUUUUAAUGAACUGGUCCCAGGGCAUUUGGGAUGAGAGAGAGCAGGGAUAUGGUUCAUUUUCUUGAGUACAUUAAAAGAUAGUAGCUUUGGGGCUAUUGUUUAUCAGGCCGAUUCAGCACAUGUGCUGAACUGAAAACCUCUGAGAAUUUAUUAAGUCAAGAUUUUUAAUCACAGGGCCAUAUAGGAAAUCAGACACUUUGGGAAAAGUCUUUUUAUUCCCUGUGGGGUAGAUGAAGUGGAAAGGAUACAGGUCUUCAGCCUUUCCAAAUCAGUUCAUUUGGUUUUGAAUCCUCACAGUAAAUAACUGUCAUCAGGAGUUUCUAGCACCUCCACUGAAAUAAACUCCCUAAUGAAUAUAUCAAAAGAAACAUUUUUUUUUGCAUCUUCAAAGAACCGACAUCAACAUUAAAGACAAUUUCACCAAAGGGAGGAAAUUGUCCAAAACACAUCCUUGUAUUCCUAUCUGUAUGCACUGCUUCUAACUUGCAAGUUAGAGAUUCUUUUUUUGCAUUUCUACAGAAUGAUACAUUUCAAAAAUUUUUUAAGUGUCCCUAUCUUUUAUCCAUAAUUUUAUGAAAAAAGAAAAUGGAAAACUGAGCCGUUCACUGUGUUACACUGAACAAGCACUUAACUGGGGGUCAAAUGAUUUUAAUUUUAGGCCUCUCUUCCACAAAUGUGGUAGGUGACUUUGGCUAUGUAACUACCAUGGUGGACAUCAGUUUCUUCAGAUCUAAAAUUCAGAUAUUAAACUCUGAACUUUUGUGCCUUAAGAAGCAGAGGAAGGAGGGGAGGGAUAGGGCAGAAGGAAUUCACUUGAUUGUAGAUAUCGGAGAGAAAAGGUGUACCUUCCAAUAGGUUCUUCAGUACCAUUCCAACAUUUAAGUGUUGGUGACCUUGGGCAAAGUCCCAAUUUCUUUGCGUUAGUUAAAACUUUGGUAAAGUAGGAGAGUUGCACUAUGAAAUCUCCACGUUUAUAUUUUAUGGUUCUAGAAACUAUUCUGAUUUGAGUAAAUGACUGAAUGGAAGAUGUGUGGAAUGCCACUGUACUAAACAUUUACUUUCUCGUUAAGAAUUUCCAGUCUUAUUUCUCAACAUUGUCAGUAAUUUCAACUUUGACAUCAAUUUCCCCUGAAAAGAGAAAAUAUGUGACAAAUGGAUUUGAAAAUGAAUGGAAAAGAAAAAAGUGUGUAUAUGCUUGUGUGUGCAUGUGAGUGCAUGUGUGUGCAUAAUUGUGCUGUGUACAUGCAUGUACAAGAGGGAGUAGGAGUAAAAGAAGGAAACUUUUAAAAAGAUGCCUUAAAAAUGACUCUAAGCAUUGACAUCAAUGAUCUCUAUAGUGUUACACUACAAUAAUUAAUUUCCCUUUUUUAAAACCCUCAUUCUGACUUAGGAUGUAUAAUAAGUAUCAUUUCCAAGGUUUGAAGAGAAAAUUGGGGUUAAAUUAUUUUAUGGGGUCACACAGCUAGGAAGUAUAUGAAGUCAUAUUUGAACCCAGGACCUGUCAUCUCUAGCUCUGGCUCUCUAUCCAUUGAAACACCUAUAGCUGCCCCGAUAAUUUAAUUUCCAAUGGUGAACAGAAUCCUAGCCUCUAGAUAGUCUUCCUGUUCAUGAUGUUGAUGAUAAUGGUUAGAAAUUUAUUUUGUGCAUACUCCAUUUCACAUGCUUUACAAACUUUAUCACAUUUGAUCCUCACAACAACUUUGUGAGGUAGGUGCUAUUAUUAUCCUCUUUUUUAUAAUUGAGGAAACUGAGGCAGAUAGAGGUUUGAAUGCAUUGCACAGUCACACAGCCAAUAAGUGUCUGAGGCCAGAAUUGGACUCGAGUCCCCCUGAAUCUAGUCCCAGAGAUUCGUCUGCUGUACUACAUUUGUUGCUGAGUUGUUUCAGUCAUGUCUGACUUUUCCUGACCACAUUUUAGGGUUUUAUUGGAGUAGUUUGCCAUUUCCUACUCCAGCUCAUUUUCAGAUAGGAAUUGGUGGGUUAAGUUACCUCCACAUGGUAAGUGUCUGAGGAUGGAUUUGAACUCAGGAAGAUGAGUCUUCCUGGUUCCAGGCCCAGGGCUCUAUUCACUGUACCAUCUAGCUGAUACCAUUUUACAGAUGUGGAAACCUAGGUCCACAGAGAAGUGCCCACCAUCACAAAAAUACAAAAUAAGAAGCUUGGACUAAGGUUGACCCUUGAGGUACCCUCCAACUGUCUAUCUAUGUUUGUUCUCAGAGGUAAUAGUUUGUUAGUGCCUAGUAAUAAACAAUAACAUUCCUGGUUUCUCCUCAGUCAAUGCUCCUUCAUUUCUCCCUCAUAUUAAUUUUCUUAUGCUGUACUGACCAAAGUCUAAUUAAUCUUAAUAUUUUGAUAGGAACUAAUGUCUUGUUACCUGCUGACUUUGGUAAACUAAGGACAGAACCACUAUAGAAUAUAUUAUAUCUCUAUAUACAUAUAUUUUUAAAUGAAUAUACCAACAUGCUAUUGUAACAAAAUUGUAUUGGUAAAACCACUAUCAAAUAUACUUUGUAUUUUUUAAAAAAUGAAUAUAUAUAUGACUACUAUUGUAAUUAAAUGUUAUCCAGGCUAAACAUUUUAGUUCAUUUGACAGUUUUUAAAAGUAUGGCAGCUGUUAAAGGUUUGUUUCAUUAGGGAGAUCAUUUGUGACUAGGUUUUUGUAACUCAUCAGUUUUGAUUGUGGAUAGGAUUUUUUUUUUCAUUUCACUAACUUUAUUUGUAUUUUAUAACUUGCAGAUUAUCUUUUCAUUUCUUUCUUCCUAGCUAAAUGCAUGUGUGAUCCGUCUACACAGGCAGACUGAAUUUCCUCGAAACCCCUUUCAAAUCUUACUUUUAUGCCACACAUUUUUGGUAUUGAAAAAUUAACUUUUUUUUCAUCUUCAAAGCAAUGCAAUACAUCAUGCUUUCCUUAUUCAAGGAAUACACUUUCACACUUGGAGACUAUUUCAAAUUGCGUAAAAUUUUUGAUUGAUAUAUUUUAUUCUUAAAAUAGCAAAGUAUUUAAUUGGGACAGAAAAUAAAAAAUAGAAGGGUUCUCCACCUCUCCUGACCCCAUUCAAUGAAGAUUUAAAAACUCUCAUAGAUGUUUCUGAUAGUGUAGAAGAAACCCUUAGAAAACUCAUGGUUCUAGGUCAGGAAUUUUGUGUCUGCAACUUUAUAUCUCUGCCUCCUGGCAAAUAGUUGUGCCUUCUGACUUCAUGAGCUAUAGUUUUAUAAGAGCAACUAUAUAAAUGUGGUUAUUGUUCAGUCAUUCAGUUAUGUUGGACUCUUCAUGGCCUAUGCAAUACACCAAUCAGGUCCUUCUAUCCUGUAGUAUCUCCUGAAGUAUGUACAAGCUUAUUUUCAUUGUUCCUAUGACACCAACUCUCAACUUCUGCCAUUUUCUUCUUUUACCUUCAAUAUUUUCCACAAUCAGGGUCUUUUCAUCAUGUAGUCAAAGUAUUUAAGUUUUAGUUUCACUAUUUGACUAGUCUAUAAUUUCUUUGAGAGUGGACUGAUUUUAUCUCCUUUGUCCAAGGUACUCUGAAAAGUCUUCUAUAGAAUCCUAAUUCAAAAACAUAGAUUCUGUGGUCCUUGGCUUUCCUUAUAAUCAAAUACUCACAGUUAUAUAUUGCUACUGGAAAAUCCAUCACUUUGACUCUAUGGACCUUUGUUGGCAAGGAUAUGUCUCUGCUUUUUCAUACACUGUCUAGAUCUGUCAUAGCUUUCCUUCCAAGGAACAAGCAUCUUUUAUUUUCACGGCUGCAGUUGCCAUCUAUAGUGAUCUUUCAGCACAAGAGUAUCAGAUCUGACACUGCUUCUAUUUUUCUCCCUCUAUUUACUUGGCAGUGAUGACACCAGCUGCCAUGAUCUUCUUCUGUGUUGUUUUUUUUUAAUACUCUCUUCUUUCACUCUCAUCAAGAGGCUUCUUAAUUCUUCUUCCCUUUCUGCCAUCAGAGUGGUCUCUGCAUAUUUGAAAUCAUUGAUAUUUCUCCUGGUAACUUUAAUUCUGGCUUUUAAUUUGACCAGCCUAGCAUUUUGCAUGAUGUACCCUACAUAAAAGUUAAAUAAGGCAACACUUUGCUGCCUUGUUGUACUCCUUUUCCAGUCUUGAACCAAUCAGAUAUUACAUAUUUGGUCAUAACUGUUGCUUCUUUACCCAUAUACAAAUUCCUCAGGAGACAAGUAAGAUGCUCAGGUACUCCCAUUUCUUUGAGGACUUGCCAUAUUUUGUUGUGAUCCUCACAGUCAAAGGCUUUCGUGUAGUCAAUGAAGCAGAGGUUGGUGUUUUUCUGAAACUCCCUCGCUUUCUCUAUAGUCCAGAAAAUGUUGGCAAUUUGGUCUGUAGUUCCUCUGCCUUUUCAAAAACCAGCCUACUUUUCUGGAAAUUCUGAAACCCAGCAUAUAGUAUCUUAAGUUUUACCUUGAUGGUGUGUGAAACGAGCACUGUUGUGCAAUAUUUGAAUAUCCUUCGGUAUUGCCUUUCUUUAGGACUGGAAUAUAAACUGAUGUUCUCCAAUCUAGUGGCCAUUGAGUUUUCCAAAUAUGCUGGUCUUUUGAGUGCAGCAACUGGAAUUCUACAACCUCUACUAGCUUGAUUGUUAGCAAUGCUAUAGCCCAGUUGACUUUAUCCUCCUAGAUAUCUAUAUCUAUGACCAUAAUAUUGUGGUUAUCAGUGAUCUUAGGAUCUUGUAUAGUUCUUCUACAUAUUCUUUCCACUUCUUUUUAAUAUCUUCUACUUUUAAGUCCCUACCAUCUUUGUCUUUUGUAAUACCCAUUUUUGCAUGAAAAAUUCCCUUGAUAUCUUUAAUUUUCUUGAUAUCUCAUCUUUCCCAUUCCAUUGUUUUCUUCUAUUCCUUUGCAUUAUUUAUUUAAGAAAACCUUACCUCUUUGCUAUUCUUUGCAAUUCUGUGUUCAGUUGGUUACAUCUUUCCCUUUUCCCUUUUGCUUUCUUUCUUUACUUAGCUGUUUGUAAAGUUUCAUCAGACAUCCAUUUAGCUUUCUUGCUCUUCUUUUUCUUUGGAUUUUUUGUUUGUUUAUUUCUGGUUCCUGUACAAUAUGGCAAACCUCUACCCAGGAUUAUUUGGGCUCUCUCAUGAAUCUAAUUUCUUAAAUCUAUUCACCAUUUCUGCUUCAUACUCAUAAGGGAUAUUAUUUUGGUCAUAUUUAUAAGAUCUUAUGAUCUUUUUUUAUACUGUCUUCAACUUAAGUUUGAAUUUUUUAAAUAAGAAGCUCAUAAUCUGAGAUAAAGUCAAUUCCAGGUCUUCUUUUAGCUGAACCAUAUAGAGUUUUUUCACCUUUGGCUUCAAAGUAAAUAAACACUCUUACUUAGAUGCUGACCACUUGGCGUUGUCCUGUCUGAAGAAUCUCUUUUUGGAUUGCUGAAAAAGAAUGUUUUUCUAUGACUAGUGUUAUCUCUACAAAACUCUGUUAGUCUCUUCCAUGCUUAGUUUUGUACAUCUAGGCCAAACUUUCCUCUUAUUUCAAUUAUAUUUUGAUUUUCUACUUAAGCAUUUCAAUCUAUAACAUGUUGAAGGUUUCAAAGAACUGAUCAACUUUGGCCAAUUUGGCAUCAGUGGUUAGAGCAUAGAUUUAUGUUAUUGUCGUGCUAAACAAUUUGCCUAUGUAUGUGUCCUUAAGAGUUAAUGGUUAACCAUGGUCAACAUAUUAAUUAAAAAUCAUGUAUAAUGUAUAUGUUUCUUUUUACUUGAGUAGAGAUUUUAAAUUAAAAAAAUUAAAUUAUUUUAUAGCAGUAAUUUCAGUUCCCUAAACUUGUCAAAUGUAGUUGUACAAAUGUACACAUGUAGUUGUCAAAAGUAGUAGUUGUCAAACUACUUUGUCAAGGAAUUUUAAAAAUAUUAAAUGUUUUAGUUUUAAGAUAAAAUAAAACAAAGUUAAUGAAAUAAUACUUUUAAAACUUAUGCACAAUUACUAAUAAAACAUUGCUUGAAUUAUAGCUUUUAACCAAAUUUUUAAAGAAUGAUGUUUUUUUUCCCCCAAGAUCUUUCAAUUGAGGCCAUUCCAAAUAAUAGCUGCUCUGAGGCAGAGCCAUAACAACCAAUUUUUGCAUUCAGGACUAGAAACACAAAAAUAUGCCUGUGAAACAAAAUACAAGAUCCUGAGGACACUUUGUUAUGCUCAUGGCAAGGGAGGAGAGGAGAAAACUCUCCUGGGGUAGCUAUCUGUUUUAACAAUUCUUACUAACUAGGUGCUAAACUCAGCUAUAUCUAGCUAUUUAAAAAACCACCAAAUAACCAAAUUUCUAGUUCAGACUAUCUUUUUAAAUUUCAGUAUUCUGGGUCAAAUUCUAGUAGCCCCAUCCUAGUUAAACUAUGAAUUCAUCAUUUGACGGAAGCACAAUCUGCUGUUCAUUUAAUGAGGAUAGUGAGACUUCAUUAUUGAAUUUAAAGGUUUUAGUAUUUGGGGGGGGGAGGUGUAUAGGAGUGGGAAAGGUAAAAAUGAAUUAGGCAGAAUCGUUAGCAAAGCAUGGUUGCUCCUCACCCACCUAUAAAUGGAAUCUUACAGGCUAUCAUCUUGAUGUGAAUGGUAACAUCCAAAGUGAUUAUCUCAAGCUCUAGCUGUUCUACUAGAAAAUAGGCUAAAGUAGAAAAGAUUACAUAACUCAAUGAAAAUUCUUCAUAGAGUAUGGUUAGUGCUCAGGACAUUCAGAUGUGUUUUGUUAAGGUGGAAAAAAACCUUUGCCCUAAUCCCUUGUGUUUAAGAUGCUGCCAAUUUAAAGAAAUAAAAGUUAAAGUCAGAGUAGGUGGAGAUAUUGAGUGAACAAGUAUCCGUAUUUCAGUGUCAGUCCCUUAAGAACAAGGAGGCUCUGGGGUUUUGAAUGAUUUCAUAAGAAGAAUGUAUAAAGUUUAAUUCUGUGCAGGUCUUGGUUGGUAAAAUAACUUCUCUGAUUUGUUUUUUCCUAAUAGGAACAAGUUCUGGGGUUAUUUGCAGGAGCUCUUCAAAUUGUAAAUGAUGUGUUAAAUAGGGAUUCAUUAAAUAAGUAGCUUUUCUUUUCUUCAUAUGAUAUAAUUAGGGAAAGAAAUUAGACUUUAGUUAUAUCUUCUGUGGUAGUUCUACAUAAAGGGAAAUAAAGCAUUUUCUAAAUUAAAAAAAGUCAGACUUAAGGAUUGGACAUGUGGAACACGUGUGAAAAGUUUUAUCUUUGCUUCAUUCUAUCCUAUAUUAAGUGCAAUUUAUUAAUACUGUCAUUAUUUAUGGAUUCAAACAACAACUUAGAUUCUGAUAUCAGAGAAAUUAACCAUUAAGAGCUUAGAUUUAAAAUCCUUCCAUGUAGCAUGAAGUGGGCAUUUUUGUCUGCUUGCCAUUUCCUGUUUGCAUUCUUUUAUAUUUAAGGAUUUUGUUAUUUUAAGAUAAACAUACUACCUUUCUACUUUAACAGUGUUUUAUUAAGUUAAAAAUUUCUUUAUAACAUUAUAAUUCUUAAAAGUGAGUAUUAACAUAACAGUAUAGAAUGUGCCAAUAUUUGAAGAGAAUAUCAAUUGUAGCUCAAUAUUUUUGGAACUAUAGAUCUAUAAAUGUUAGUGAAUAAGAUGUCUCUUCUUAUGAAUUCUUGGAUUGUCAAUUUGAGUAAUGACUAAAAUUAGUGAUUUUAGUUUUCUUAUGGUUAGUACUUGCUGACAAGGGCCCUCUACUACUCUGAAUGAGCUGCUUUUUUUUUUUUGUAGGAAAUGUUUCUCUUCCUAUUUACUUCAUCAGGAAGUCGAUAUUUAGUUUUGAAAAGAAUUUCAUAUUCUCUUCCUAUCCCUGAAGUUCAUCUACCACUUGACCUUUGCAGGAGAAUGGAGGAUUAUUGAUCCAUGAUCAUAUUUUGAAAGCAAACAUAUUUUGAUUAUGAGCAAAAUAAUGUGUCUGGGGAUCAUCAUUUAAAAGAUCUAGAGAUGUUAGCUUGAAGAGGACGUAAAAAUAGGAUAAUAGACAUCUUUUGUUGGAAGGGCUAUUAUGUAGAGGAAUGAUUAGAUUUAGUCUGCUAGACCCAAGUAUAGAAUUUGGAACUAUUAUUGGAAGUUACAUAGAGGCACAUUUAGAUUUGAUAUAAUUAGGGAAAAAAUUAAAAAGAAAAAACUUCUCCAUAAUGAGAACUAUCUUCAAAUGGAGUGUGUUAUAGGAGGUAGUGAAAGCCCCUACCUUGCUGGAGGUCUUCAAGUAAACCCUGAAUAGCCACUUGAUAUAGUGAAUAGUACUUUCCUGGGCACAUUUCAGCUCCUAGAUGGAUUCUGUGAGUCCUUUCCAUUGCUAAGAAUGUGUGGUUCUGAGUAUUGUUCUGGUUACUUUUACAACAAUGCCAUUUUUCAGCUCUAAAUAGCUUAGAAAAAUCAGCAGUACCAUCAUUUUUCCUCAGCAGCGUGAUUCUUCCUUGAAUAAAUGGUUUUGCUUUUUGUGUGUAAUUAUUUUCAAUAUGGUAAGUUCAAUGAAAGGAAGUUUGGCCAAGUUUGUAUUCAUGUCAUUGCCCCAAGUUGUGCUACUGUGAGUACAACUUGGACAGUUAAGUGCCUGGAAAACUUUUCCUUCCCUCCAUAGCUAUGCCUUAGGAAAAGACACAUGAUGUAAUAAGAGAGUUUAGUCACUAUGGUAUAUUUAAAUCUGGGAAUACUGUAUAGUUUUCAGGCAACAACCUUUAUUAGUAAUAGCAGAGCCAUAAGAGAGACAUCUGAGAACCAUAUUGACAAUAGCUCUGAUUUGGAAGGCAACACACCUUAUUCAGUUUACUUAGACCUGGGGAAAAUAGAGAUUGUGAGGUAAAUUUACUUAAUGAUAUGAAGUACUUUCAGUUAAUAGAAUUAGAAAAUAAUACUCUGUCUUUUCUGUAUUCUCAAUUUGGGUGGGGUACAUAUGUCGUUUGAUGAAAGGCAGUAUAGCAUGACAAUAAUUGGUCACAUGGGGGCAGCUCUUUAAGUUUUGCAAAACUCUUUACAUGCAUUAUUUUCUGGAAUUGUCUGGAAGACCUGAGUUCAAAUCUUAUCCCUAACACUUAUUACUAUAUGUACGACCAUGGGCAAAUAUGUUUCGUAUCUCUGAAACUUUGGGAAUAUAUUUGCAUAUGAUCUUAGAAUAUUACUUGUAAUAAGUUACAAUUUGGGAUAAUAGAGUUUGCUCAGAUCUUUGACAUAAUGGCCCUAAUAAUUUGAUAAAUUAGUCUCCUCUUAUUGUUUAUUUCAUAGGAAAGUAGGUUUAAUAAAUAAAGCAAAAGAAAGAAAACAAUGUCAUUCUAUUCAACAACAUGAUAUUCAAGCUAUUUGGUAGGAAUUCUUGUGCUAAAAUGCAUGAGGUCUUCAGGGGAUGGUCCUGUGUAGAUCUUUACGUAUGGCUCUGACUUGAAUAUGGAGCUGUGAAAUGAGCUUAGAGGCUAGACUAGAUUACUUCUGAAGUCUCUUUCAACUCUUGAUCUAUGUUCCUGUCAUCCUGUGAGCCUAUAAACCUUUCAGCCUAAGUGCCUAUAAAGAGAACUUUUGAGAGGAAGCAUCAUGGUACCUGUAGCAAGGUCUUAUUGGAGACAUUAGCAGUGGUAUUGACCAUCCAAGUCAUUACAUCUUUGCUUUUAGGUUUUUACUCUUUUGAUGGACCUUUUGCAUUUCUUCAUAAAUGUUGCCUUAUGUCUGUCUGUACCCCAUUUAAUUCCAUAUUUGAAUUCUGUUACAUACUUAUUGAUGUAGAAAAUAACUUAAUGAAAUGGCACAUCUAGAUUGGUUAAAGAAUGAGUGAACAAAUAUACUUGCAGGAGUGUUGUGCAUGUGUGUAUUUGAUGGAGUAGCAGUGAUCCACAUUACAAUACGGUAUAUAUUAAUUAUCUCAAACACUACUAUUGUUGUACUUCUUUAUUGCUCCAGUGGCAUAAAUUCAGCCACGGUCAUUGCACAAUCCACCAAGUCCAAAAGUUGUGAUCAAGCAUUUUCCAGCCCUUUUAGCAUAGUAGGAGGUUACUACUCUCCUCCUAUUUCUCUCAGUGAAAUUCAUCACCAACUGUGCUUCCCCACUGACAGCUAUAAGUAGUGUGAAUCCCAGACUAGCCUUUUAUUCUUACAACUUUCCUGACUCUGGAUUCUGGCUGAGACAACAUCCAACUUCAAGAAAGUCGGAAAUAACAAAACUAUUUUCUGUUGGCAAAUCAUCUGGAAUGGGCAGCAUUAUAAAAAGUGAUUUGGGGCCCAGGAGUCAUCAUGUCUUUUUUAUUUAAUUAUUUUGAAAACAGACUAUUGAUGGAAUACAAGAACAAAAUGUAAAAACAAGGCAGUUAUCCCCAAUUAGUUAUAAAAAAUGUCUCCACUUAAGAUGGGCUAUUUUUCUCUUUAGGAAGCAUGCAAUUGAGUUGCUACUAAUUUGCUUCCAUAUCUAUUAUUAUAUCUCAUGUCAAGAUGUAUUAAAAUCAAGAGGAGGUGCCAUGAGAAUCAUUGUCUUCUCCCCUUGCUACUUCUCCCCAGUGGAUGAGUUUUGUUGUGUUUUCCUAAUGCUAAAUAUUGACUCCCUGAGGUUUUAUAAUGAGCACAAAGUCAGAAAAGGGCAAGACAAAUCACUUCCCCUACCAAGUGUUUGGUAGAUUUAAUUUGUCUUCCUUUUCUGACAAAGAUAUGAUGCUCAAGCCCACUAAGCUUGGUUUGCCUUUUUAUCCCUAAGAGGCUAUUUGGAUAGUAAAUGGUUAGCUACUCUAGACACACUGUUACAGAUUAUAAUUAAUGACUCCAGCACUCUUCCUGCUUGGAGUCUUUGGUGACUCAAUGACACUGUAUGAGGAUUCACCAUAAUCUAUCAUUGCUCAAGGAGCCUUAACUAUAUUAUUGAUCAAUCAACAAGCAUUUAUUAAUGUUUUAAUUAAAUUAAACUUUGCAUUGAGGUGACAAAGACAGAGACAAAAGUCUAAAAAUUUCUGCCCUCAUAGAGUUUACACUCCACUGGAAUGUACUGACAUUGGGGUCAUACUUUCCCUUUAAAAUGUUUCUUUUUUUAAGUAGUUCCCUUAAAAAUAACAAUAAUUCUUUUUUAGUAUAUUAAAGGGCAGGAUCACAAAUAGGUAUGUAUACAUGAUACACAUAUAUGUGCAUAUCUGGGUAUUUGUAUGUGUCUAUGUAUAAUAUCUUCUUAUGGUGUUAAUAGUUUCUUUAAGACCUCUUAGAUUGGAUUUUCAUUAGAAAAUGUCUACUCUUUGCAAAUUAUGGAGUUAAUUUGAUUCAGACAAAAGUGUCUAAUAGACUAUAGCUGGUUUCAUUUCAUGAGUCAUAUUGUCUACCUCUUCAAUUCACUUCAUUGCAACAAACAUUUCUUAAGUGCCUCCUAUUUUCCAGGCUCUGUCUCAGGUUCUGGGUUUGAAAACACAAAAGAGUCCCUGACUUUAAAGAGCUUUCAACUGAUAAAACUAACCUGAACCAAAACAUAGCUGGUGGGUAGUUUGCUGAGCUUAAUGUUCAUAAGCUGCCCAGCUGAGGAAUGAUGUUUAAUGCCCCAAAACUUUAAAGAUCACAGGUGUCAACUUUUUAUUUCGGCAUUGUGGGUAAUUAAAUUUGAUAAAAUGUGUGGAUGUCAGAUUACCUACUGGUUUGGGUAUUUUGCUCAUAGUAAAUGCUUGUUGACUGAUUGACAGAUGAACUGCUCUUGGUAAAGAGUGAAACUCCUUACUUAUUUUUACACUUCUAAGAUCUUUAGCCAGUUCCCAUUGUGUGUGUGUGUGUGUGUGUGUGUGUGUGUGAGUGAGUGAGAGAGAGAGAGAGAGAGAGAGAGAGAGAGAGAGAGAGAGAGAGAGAGAGAGAGAAAGAAUAUGAAAUGAAAGUCAUCUUUAUGUUACUCUGUGAAAUUAUGUUAUGUUACUUUGGGGGGUGUGGCACUGAUUUUAUACCAGCAUUUAAUACUUGAAAAAAAUGAAUAUUUCUAUGGUUAAAAAUGGCUUUCCUGAGGGAGAUCUUGUACAGUGAUUAUAUGUCCAGAUUGUAGCUAAGGGCUAUUGGUAUAACCACUAUGAUAUUAUUGAAACUUUGUGUUGUGUAUAUAUAUAUAUAUAUAUUGGGGUGGAAGAUAAAUAUGUGCCUUUGUAUAGAACACCAUUUUUGGUGCAAUAUGAUAUCCUACACUUUUUUAUUGUAGUUUAAUAAUAGAUAUAUUUAUAUGUUUAAAACCUAUUUUACUUUUUAGUUGCUUCUCUGAUAUUGGCUGUCUCUUUUUAUUAUUUUUUCUUUUUGGUAUAUAUUUUUGUUUGACCACAUCUGGUUCAAACUACAAAAUCCUGUUGUUACAGAAAUUGAAAAUUAAAUAAAUAUUCAUACAGUUUAAUAAA